AAUCGUAAGACAGACCCUUUGAUUGACUUUAUUUUCAAAGUUUUCAACCUAUCACUUGAUCUUUUGGGUAGCUCAUGUUUCACCUUCUUAGCAAGAGUUGCUUCAUCCUCAUUCUUUCCAUAUACCUCAUAAAACCUUUCAUCAUUAGUAGCAGGAACAUUUAUCAACCACUCUCAAGCCUUUGAAUUCACUUUCUUUAUCCAUGCUUGAGAAUAGGUCGCCUCAACUACUCCCAUCACCAGACCUCUGAUUAAGGUGAGUAGGUAGAAGACAUAUAUAAAUAUACUGGCGGGUGCAGAAGCAGGUCCGUGAAAGAGUGGGAGCCCUCCAAUAGUUUCCUUCCUGUAUAUACCCGUUUUCCUUUUUCCCUCCUAAUUUUAGAACAACAAACAUAUCACCUUUCUUUCUUUCUUUUCCUUUCAAUCUAAUUACCUUCAUUCUCUUUUCUUCUUCCAUCAUCCUUCCUGCGUUUUGUUUUGGCUUCCAACACCAACAUGCACCACAACCAUUCCCUCCCAUGGUUGUGGAUUAUUGCUUUACUCUCCUCAACCUCAACCACCACCCUUGUUGUUGUUCAAUGCAAAACCUCUUCACAAGAUGUUGCGGCCCUCAAUGUUAUGUACACAAGCUUGAAUUCUCCUUCCCAACUCACUGGUUGGAAAUCAAGCGGAGGCGAUCCUUGUGGCGAAUCCUGGGAAGGAAUCAAAUGCUCUUCUUCAUCUGUCACCGAAAUAAAUUUAGCGGACAUGGAUCUAAGCGGAUCAAUGGGCUACCAAUUGGCAAACUUGAAAUCAGUUACCGACUUUGCAGUGAUUUGAGCAACAACAAUUUCAACGGCGAUAUACCAUAUCAACUCCCUCCAAAUGCUCGUAACAUAGAUCUUUCUAAGAAUCAAUUCACCGGAAGUAUACCUUAUUCCUUUUCUCAGAUGAAGAAUCUCGAAUCUCUAAAUCUUGCACAUAAUAAGCUCAAUAACCAGCUGGGAGAUAUGUUUGCAAGCCUCGGUAAACUCAAACAAUUGGAUGUAUCAUACAAUUCACUAUCAGGAGACCUGCCUCAGAGUUUAAAAUCAGCCAAAAGCCUAAAGAAGAUACAUCUGCAAAAUAAUAAACUCACUGGUUCAAUAAAUGGCCUUGCCCGUCUUCCACUUGACGAUGUGAAUGUUGAGAACAACAAAUUUACGGGUUGGGUUCCCGAGUCGUUAAAGGAUAUAACUAGCUUGAGAACUGGAGGAAACUCUUGGUCAACUGGGCCAGCACCGCCUCCUCCCCCCGGUACACCUCCUAUCGAGCGUGCUCAGAAAAAGACUGGAAAAUCGGUUAUAACUGGAGUAGCUAUAGCCGGAAUAGGUUUCGCUGUGCUGAUUGUAAUCAUACUCAUUGUGGCUCUUACUAAAAGAAGAAGGUCAUCUGUACCUUCUUCUCAUUUUAUUGAUGAAGAUAGGCAUAGCCAGCACAGAUCUUUUACACCCCUUGCAUCUCAGGAGUUGUCUAAAGAUUUAGGUCCUGAUGACUGCACAGAAUACAGCGGAUUUAAAGCAAUGGAUUCCACUGCAAUUGACAUAAAGGCAUUACAAAAAAAUCCAUCAACUGGUGUUAGGUCAUCAGCCUCUGAUUGUGUGCAAACUUUUACUGACAACGAGUUUGCAAAUCGCCUAAAUUCUAAAAGAAGCACGUCGGUUCGUUGUACUCCUUUUUCAUUGGGAGAGUUGCAAAAUGGUACUGGUAACUUCGCUUCAGGCCGACUUCUUGGUGAAGGAAACCUUGGACCUGUUUAUCGGGCCAAAUAUCCCGAUGGAAAGGUAUUGGCUGUAAAAAAAAUCAACCCUUCAUUUUUUGAUGGGGCUCGUCCUGAGGAAUUCUCUCAGAUUUUAUCAAGCAUCUCCAAACUUCAUCAUCCAAAUAUUGCUGAGCUUGUUGGUUAUUGUUCAGAACAGGAGCAUAUGUUAGUAUAUGAUUAUUUCAGAAAUGGUUCUCUCCAUGACUUUUUGCACUUAUCAGAUGACUUCAGCAAACCACUAACUUGGAACACAAGAAUCAGAAUUGCAUUGGGAACUGCUCGGGCUGUUGAGUACCUACAUGAAAGUUGUUCUCCGCCUUUAGUUCACAAGAAUAUCAAAUCUGCCAAUAUUUUGCUUGACACAGAUUUGAAUCCCCGUCUCUCAGACUAUGGUUUGGCAUCCUUCCACCAGCGUACAAGCCAAAAUCUCGGGGCAGGAUACAAUGCACCAGAAUGCACAAAACCAUCAGCCUAUACCCUGAAGAGCGAUGUAUACAGUUUUGGCGUAGUGAUGCUCGAGCUUUUGACAGGUCGAAAGCCUCUAGACAGUUCAAGGCCAAAAUCAGAGCAAUGUCUCGUUCGUUGGGCUACACCACAGCUUCAUGACAUACUUGCUGUGGAAAAAAUGGUAGACCCUGCAUUGCGGGGACUUUACCCUCCUAAAUCACUCUUUCGGUUUGCUGAUAUCAUCGCCCUUUGUGUUCAGUCUGAACCUGAAUUUCGGCCACCUGCAUCGGAGGUGGUUCAGGCAUUGGUGCGAUUAGUUCAGCGUUCAAGUCUGAAAAUGAGAGAAGAUCUUGGUGUGUUUGGUCGGAUAGAUGAUGCUGAUGAUUGAGACUCAAGUUCUUCAAUGGGAAUAUUUGUCCAUAACACUACUGUCCAUAGAAUUUUCAGUUAUUUUUCAAUGUUUUUUAUUUUACUCUUUCAAACUAGUUGUAGGUUUUAUGAGAAAAGUUUGUGCAAAAUUAUUAAGACUUGUUUUCAGGAGACAACUUUGGUUAGGAAGAUAAUUAUCAGGGGUGUGAAAACAAAACAAAAAAAGGUUCUGGACACCAUAGAAGGGGUCAAUUUUAUUGGUAUUAUUAGGUGAGAUUUGAGAAAUUGUAAGUUUUUUUUUUUUUGUUGAGAAAAAUUGUAAGUUUUUAAUUAGUAAAUAUUCGAUAUGCUUUUAG